UAGCCCUUCGCCCACUACUAAAUUGCUUCUCCCUCCCUACUCACAAAAUAAAAGAAAAGGAAAAAUUGCAACAUUUUCGGGUUUUUCGGGUUAAUUUUUUUGAGGAUCACGUUAAUGUAAAUAAAUCCGAACCCGCAGCAUAACCAAGAGUGGCGUCGUCUUCUUACUCGUCGUCGUCGGAGGAGGAGAGAGAGAGAGAGAGAGAGAGAGAGCGAUAGAGAGAGAAACACGCGGCGGAGCUCGGCGGAGAGUAUAGAGGGGUGCGAAUGGCGUACGCGGCGCUCGAUCGGAUAUGGUCGGAGGACAUCGCCGCCGUCGGAGUGGCAUCGGACGAGGCCGAGAAGCUCCGCGUGGCGCUCCGUGAGGUGCUCCGGGAGUCCGGGAGCUCGGGACCCGAGGCGUGGAGGGAGAUAUCGAAGCGCCUCCUAAACCCUAAUCUCCCGUUCGCUUUGCAUCAGAUGCUGUACUACGGGUGCUACAAGGAUUACGAUUCCGAUACUCCCCCCGCGUGGAUUCCGAACAUAGAGGAAGCAGUCUCAACAAAUAUUGGUCGGUUAUUAGAGAAGCGCGGGAAAGAAUUACUUGGCUCGGCAUAUAACAAUCCUAUAGCUAGCUUUUCGGACUUCCAGAAAUUCUCUGUCUCGAACCCUGAGGAAUACUGGAAAAUGAUUUUUGAGGAGAUGAGGAUAAAAUUCAGCGUGCAGCCGUCAUGCAUUCUGCGUGAAAGUGAUUCUUAUCCUGGAGGUCAAUGGUUACCCGGGGCUUAUUUAAAUUCUGCUGAGAAUUGCUUGAUUUUGAAUGGUAAAAGAGAUGCCGAUGAUGUCGUGGUGAUAUGGAGAGAUGAAGGCUGUGAUGACAUGCCUGUCAAUCGAAUGACACUUGAGGAAUUGAGAGCAGAAGUCUGUACUGUGGCUAAUGCACUGGACUCACUGGACUUGGCAAAAGGAUCUGCUAUUGCAAUUGACAUGCCGAUGCAUGUGAAUGCUGUAGUCAUCUACCUUGCUGUUGUGUUAGCAGGCUAUGUGGUCGUCUCCAUUGCUGAUAGUUUUGCUUCUACUGAAAUAUCAACAAGACUCAAAAUUUCAAAUGCAAAAGCAAUUUUUACUCAGGAAUAUAUCAUUCGUGGUGAAAAGAAACUUCCCCUAUAUAGUAGAGUUGUUGAUGCUCAUGCUCCGCUAGCUGUUGUGCUCCCUACAAAAGGCUCCAACUUCAUAGCAGGAUUGCGUGACGAUGAUAUAUCUUGGCAUGACUUCUUGGGAAGAGUGAAACAUAUCAAAUAUAAUGAUUACGUGGCAGUAGAACAACCCAUAGAGGCCUUCACAAACAUCCUCUUUUCCUCGGGGACUACAGGGGAACCAAAGGCAAUUCCAUGGACACACGCAACUCCUCUAAAGGCUGCUGCUGAUGCAUGGUGUCAUAUGGAUAUCCGCAAGGGUGAUGUUGUUGCAUGGCCUACUAAUCUUGGUUGGAUGAUGGGCCCUUGGCUUGUUUAUGCCUCAUUACUGAAUGGAGCUUCCAUGGCACUAUACAACGGCUCCCCUCUUGGUUCAGGUUUCGCAAAGUUUGUGCAGGAUGCUAAGGUAACAAUGCUUGGCGUGGUUCCAAGUAUUGUCCGUGCUUGGAAAAACACAAAUUGCACUGGGGGCCUUGAUUGGUCUACUAUUCGAUGCUUUGGCUCCACUGGAGAGGCAUCUAGUGUAGAUGAGUACCUAUGGUUGAUGGGAAGAGCGAACUACAAGCCUGUCAUUGAGUACUGUGGAGGCACAGAGAUUGGAGGCGGAUUUAUUACCGGCUCACUGCUACAGCCUCAAGUGUUAUCUGCAUUUAGUACACCUGCUAUGGGAUGCAGCCUAUUUAUUCUUGACAGUGAUGGAAAGCCACUACCGCCGAAUAAAGCUGGGAUUGGAGAGCUAGCUCUUGAUCCAACAAUGUUUGGAGCAUCUACCACCUUACUAAAUGCUAAUCAUUAUGAUGUCUAUUUCGCAGGCAUGCCAGUUUGGAAUGGGAAGGUUCUCCGAAGGCAUGGGGAUGAAUUUGAACGGACAGCUGGAGGGUAUUACAGAGCACAUGGUCGUGCAGAUGACACUAUGAAUCUUGGUGGCAUUAAGGUAAGUUCCAUUGAGAUCGAAAGAGUUUGUAAUGGAGUUAAAGAUACAAUUCUCGAGACUGCUGCUGUUGGGGUCCCACCGCUUGGUGGUGGUCCUGAACAGUUAUUCUUGGCAGUCGUCUUCAAAGAUCAGAGUAAUGUGAAAGAAGACCUGGAUCAAUUGAAGAGGGAAUUCAACUCUGCUUUGCAGAAGAAACUGAAUCCUCUCUUUAGGGUUUCAUCUGUCGUUGCUGUGCCAUCUCUUCCUCGAACCGCGUCAAAUAAAGUCAUGAGAAGAGUUCUGCGGAAAGAAUUCUCUCAGCAGAGUCAACGGGCUAAAUUCUAAACAAUCCGAUCUUAUCUAUUUACAAUGUCACAAGUUGAUGCUGCAGUGUAUAGUAUGUCUCCUGUAAUCUCCGAAUUCUCUCAAGUAUAUUAAUUGUUAUGCAUUCUCUGUCCUUUUCUAAA